AUGAGGCUGAGCCAGUGUAUUCUGUCCCGCUAUGUAAAAGAAGUCCAGUACAAAGAUCAGAAUGGCGAGGUCAUGAUUUUCAAUGAUAAAGGAGAACUGCCCAGACCACUGGAAAUUGUAAAUUGGAUUCAAAAAAUUAAAGGUAGAAAUAUCACUGAUUGUAUGCUUGUGGGUCACUUUGAUGGAUCCCUUUCAGAGGGUCAGCAACUUACACUAGAACCAGAGCGAAUAACAUGGAAAGGAGACAAGGGGAAGACGUGUGGGAGAUUAUUGGCCAGAGCUAUCCAUACAAAAAGAGCUAAUACUAACAUCCACACCAUAAAAGACUCCCUAGGCUCAGGCCACAAUCCAAGAAAAGCCCUCAAUAAAGACUUCCUAGAGAAGUUUAGCCCUAAACCCAUCUCUUGGGAAGAUGCUCGCGAGCAAGACAACCCCAUUUCUGAAGAAGAGCUCAAGAGAGCGAUUAAGCAACUUGAAACGGGCAAGAGCCCUGGUCCGGAUGGCUUCUCGGCUUCCUACUUUAAAACAUUUGCAGACAUCCUCACAGCCCCAUUCCUAAAGGCCUUUAACUCCCUCACUUCAUCAUCCCUACCUUUCCACAGAUUGGUGGAGGCGCACAUCACAGUCAUGCCAAAAGAGGGGAAGGACGCCACAUUGGUUACCAACUACAGGCCAAUCUCUCUACUUAAAGUAGAUCUUAAACUAUUUGCAAAGGUUUUAACUAACCGGUUAUUACCCCUCCUACCCUCAAUAAUAGGAUUAGACCAAAGCAUAUUCUGUGGUAUCCAGACUAAUGAAGGACCACCUUCUGGAAUGGUCCAUGUGUUUCCACCAAGUCCAUAUCCUUCUAUAUUAUCUCAGGUCCCAAGAGGUCAAUGCUCCGAGGAAUGUCUUCCAGGGUUCAGAAAAUCUGUAAGAGAAGGAUAUCACCCAUGUUGUUAUAAUUGUGCUCCAUGUUCAGAAGGAGAAAUAUCAAACCAAUCUGACAGUGAACUCUGCAAGAAGUGUCCUGAAAAUGAAUGGCCUAACAAAGCUAAAACUAUUUGUAGUGACAAGGUCAAUGAGUAUUUAUCAUACGAGGAGGAUAUUCUAGUUUUAUUUUUUUCUAUAACUUCAGUCAUAUUUGCUACAACAUCUCUCCUUAUACUUGGACUAUUUGUUUGGUUUCGGAGCACUCCCAUAGUCAGAGCCAAUAACCGGAACCUCAGCUUCAUUCUGCUCCUCUCCCUCAUACUGAGCUUCCUUUCUGUAUUCCUGUUCCUUGGCCGUCCUGUGGAUAUUACCUGUAUGCUGCAACAAGUCACUUUUGGAAUUCCCUUCACCAUCUCAGCAUCUUCUAUCCUCGCCAAAACCAUCAUGGUCUUCAUUGCUUUUAAAGCCACCAGACCUGGAAGCUCUUGUAGAAAAUGGGUGGGAGUCAAACUUCCCAAUACAGUCAUGUUAUUCUGCUCAUCCAUUCAGGUUAUGAAUUGCAUUCUCUGGUUGUCCAUCUCUCCACCAUUUCAGGAGUAUGACAUGGAUGCCUAUCCUGGGAAGAUCAUCAUUCAGUGUAAUGAAGGGUCAGUUAUCGGCUUCUACUCUAUGUUGGGUUAUAUGGGGUUUCUGGCAGCUGUGAGUUUUCUUCUGGCUUUCAUGGUGAGGACAUUACCGGACAGUUUUAAUGAGGCCAAGUACAUCACCUUCAGCAUGCUGGUGUUCUGCAGUGUCUGGAUUGCCAUGAUCCCGGCCUAUCUGAGCACCAGAGGGAAAUACAUGGUGGCUGUGGAGGUAUUCGCCAUACUGACCUCCAGUGCUGGAAUAUUAUUGUGUAUGUUUUCUCCAAAACUCUACAUUUUACUUUUCAAACCUGAACUGAACACAAGAGGGACAAUGCUGGGGAAGAGAAUGAUGUAAAUGUAACACAUUGAUUCAAUGUAUAAUGCUGUAGAU